UCUUCUGUCUUGAAGGAUGACUUCCCGCCCUUUAUGCUGACGGCUGCUCGGAACUUGCGCUAAAGAGAGAUAUUAUUAAUGAAAUCAGCAAGAAAUGAAGAUGAACCUUGUGAAUUGUUUGGCUCUUCUCUUAGUUUGGCACGCGCACGCGGUCAACGCGAGACAUGCAAACUGUCACUUUCUGUAUGAGCUGCAGAUGGCUGAGAAGGAAUGUUUGGACAUGCUGGCAGACGAGCUGCCUCCGCACACUCAAGGUUGCAGGGGGAUAUGGGACAAUUUUUCUUGCUGGCACCAUGCUGACAUUGGAGAGGUGGUCGACAACACCUGCCCCGUUGCACUUAAAAAUUUGUUCACCAGAGAUGGCAUCAUUAAGAGGAACUGCACUAUGGAAGGCUGGUCCGACGUGUAUCCCAGCAUCCACAACGUUUGCUUUGAGCCCCAAACGAAUGAAGAAAAGCUUGUUUUCUACACGGUGAUGAAGGCCGUUUACACACUCGGACACAGCCUCUCUCUCAUUGCACUCAUCACUGGCAGCACCAUCCUCUGUCUGUUCAGAAAACUCCACUGCACCAGGAACUACAUCCAUCUGAACCUGUUCUUCUCGUUCAUACUGAGGGCCAUCGCUGUGCUGGUCAAAGAUGCCAUUCUGUUUUCCCACGGGAAUGUAGAAUGUUCAAAGCACCCAUCACUGGUGAAUGAAUCCAUCCAUCCAGAAUAUCUGCAGAUUGGUUGCAAGGCCAGCCUGAUCAUCUUCCACUACUUCAUCAUAGCAAACUUCUACUGGUUGCUGGUGGAAGGGCUCUAUCUACAUACUCUACUGAUGGUCAUCUUCUCUGAGAACAGACACUUCAUCAUUUACCUCCUCAUUGGCUGGGGAUUCCCCACCGUGUUUAUGAUUCCGUGGAUUGUGUGUAGGAUUUACCUCGAUGACACGGGAUGCUGGGAGAGGAAUGAUGCCCCGAUUCCCUGGCGGGUGAUUAACUGGCCAAUUAUGGCAUCUGUCAUUUUGAACUUUAUUCUGUUCAUCAGCAUCAUUCGAAUCCUGGUCCAGAAACUGAGGUGUCCUGAUGUUGGUGGAAACGAUCAGUCGCAGUACAGGAGGUUGGCCAAGUCCACACUUCUCUUGAUCCCUCUGUUUGGCAUCAAUUAUGUUGUUUUCGUUUACAUCAUAGAAGAAAAUGAAGAGAUGAAUAACUAUAAAAUAUUCUUUGACCUUGGUCUGGGAUCUUUUCAGGGCUUGGUGGUUGCGAUUUUGUACUGUUUUUUGAAUAGUGAGGUCAAGAGCGAACUCAAGAGGAAGUGGCGGAGUUUGCGUUUAAAGCGUUACAUUGGUCGCGACUACCGUCUGCACAGUUCAUCCACAUCCCGGAACGGCACGGAAAACAUGGGCCGAUUCCAUCGGAACUCCAGAGCCCAGUCUUUCCUACAGACUGAGACCACUGUAGUGUGAGACAUCUAGAAGCGGCGCUAUAUGAAUCACUCUCUUACUUCACUGCCCCUCAGCUAACAACUCAGUAUUUUUCAAAAGCUUUACACUGAAGAGGACAAGGCUUUCUGAAGCAUGAGAUUGACAUGUAGGAGACACGAUGAGGACUCAGCAUCUCUGAGGCACAGUGCUGUAUUUCAGUAUACGAUGCGAAAUCUCGUUUCAUAGCAAAUUUUGCUCUUAACCACCAAAAUAACACAUUAAACCAAACAUCUGUGAGUGGGAUAGUAUUGGUGGCAUUAAAAACUGCAAUUCUGUUUAUUUUAUUGAAUGCAGAUUACAUAUAUAGCUUUUUGAAAACUCUUUCAUUGCAUUAGGGUCAGAUUAUAUAAUAGUGUUAUGUAAAUGCUACUUAAGGCCCACAGCAAUUUUCUUAGAUGUUUAUGGAGACGCAGCACCAUGCUAUCAACACAUGAAAACUUACUAAGAAAAUGUCUUGGAUGAAUGCAAGAAGUGGGUCACCUCUAUGCCAAACUCAAACGUGAGGUUUUAUAAAGAGGACAUUACAGCCGGAGGUGUCCACGUUAGCCCUGGACUCAUUUCAGGAGAAUGUGUCUUAUUUCCAAUACAUGCAGAAACUGAAAAGUCAGUCGUACACUCAAAAGAAAAGUGGUGAUUGUAAGAAAAAGCAAAAAUUCAUUUUGUCAUUAUUCGACCACUUGGGAUUUUUUUCUUCAUUAUUUUAUUCCUUGAAGAAAAGCCACAGUAUGAAAAAGCGCUAACUGAGAUACAAGAUUAUAAUUUUUUCCAAGAUAUGUAUAUUGUAGCAUGUGAAUGUAUUUGUUAUAUGAGGAGAUUCAGUAUAGUCUUAUGAAUACAAAUAUGUGGCAUAAAUAUUUAGUUUGCCCACAAAGAAGAUGUGUGAUUAAACCAAACCACGACUCACUGUUAUUACUCUGCAAACUUUUUUAUUUCAUAUCUCACUAAUCAGUAAUUUCAAUAGAUAGUGUUGAUGGCGUUUUUGAUUAUUUUUGCUUUUGUGUUGCUCUGUCUCACAUUGUCAGGGGGUUGGGGAAUUGUACACUGCAAUGAAUCCUGCUGUCUGUGCUCUUUUAAUUUAACUGAAAAACAGAUAAUAAAUUAAUUUAGGUCAAGUGAACUGACAAAACAGCGAGAGUGAGGGUGUAUGAAAGUGACAUUUCAGUGUGAGCUGUGGUCUAUGAACAGAUUCUGGGAACUGCGGUCCAGAGAUUCACAAUGGGUUGGAGAGAAGAUCGGAUCUCUUACAGCCAGGCCUGAAGAGCGAGAGCUCCCUGGGACACCACGUGCAAGGUUGUGUUCAUUUAAAGUGACACAGAUGCCAUGGGCAGGGGCAUUCAGCAUCAUUAUCAGACCGUCAAAUGGAAAAGAAAAGAUGGAGCUUUAAUUAGAGCUGGCAGAAAGGAAUUGUGGGUUGUUUGAAUUAAGUAAUGAAGGAGGAUGACAGUAUGCGUUCAUUUUGAAAGAGCUGAAGGUUUUGAAGAAUCUGGUGUGUUUGGCAGAUGCAUUUAUGAUGUAAAAAAUGUUCAAACAGAGGCCAUAAUGUUGUGCACUUCUUGUUUAUUAUAUUUAACCAUCUGCAAUGUUUAAUUGGAAAAUUGAUUGUUCUCGUUUUUUUGCAGUUACAUUUUUGCUGAAUGUUUCUAAACUGUAUUGAGAUUUUUCAUUAAAUGUGAAAGUCGUUUUUAAAUUGUGUUUAG